UGGAGCCGAGGCAGCCUCCGGCGCGCCCGGGACCCGCCGGCAGCCGCGGAGACCGACCGAAGGACGCGCGGCCGGGUCGCCGCCACCGCCACCGCCACCGCCACGGGCGCUCGCGUCGGCCGGCUCCCUGGUCUUGCCGCGGCCCCGGCCACACAGACUCAACAAAAUGAAACCAGGACACUUAUGGCUGCGUCUUGCACUGCUUGGGGCCUCCCUGCCAGCUGCGCUGGGAUGGAUGGACCCAGGACCCAGCAGAGGCCUGAACGUGGGUGUGGGUGAUGCACAAGCAGAGGAGUCCAGAAGCUUUGAAGUCACAAGAAGAGAAGGACUUUCUGGCCAUGAUGGGCUGCCAGCCUCCUGUGGGAAGAAGUUCUGCAGCCGUGGAAGCAGGUGCAUGCUCAGCAGAGAGACCGGGGAGCCCGAAUGCCGGUGCCUGGAGGCAUGCAGGCCCAGCUACAUGCCCGUGUGUGGCUCUGAUGGGAGAUUUUAUGAGAACCACUGCGAGCUCCACCGUGCAGCUUGCCUGCUGGAAAAGAAGAUCCUCAUUGUCCACAGCAAGGACUGUUUCCUUAAAGAUGACCCAUGCACCGUGGCUGACUAUGCCCGCCUGAAGAAUGUCCUUCUGGCCCUCCAGACCCGUCAGCGGCCACUCCCAGAUGGGGACAGCAGACAAGACCCUGCCUCCCAGAAGCGCCUCCUGGUGGAAUCUCUGUUUACAGACUUGGAUGCAGAUGGGGACGGCCAACUCAGCAGCUCUGAACUGGCUCAGCACGUGCUGAAGGAGCAGGACCUAGAGGAGGACUUCCUGGGGUGCUCGCCCAGCGACCUCCUCCGAUUUGAUGACUACAACAAUGACGGCUCCCUGGCCCUCCACGAGCUCUACACAGCCUUCCAGGUGGUUCAGCUCCGCCUCGCCCCCGAGGAGAGGGUCAGUGUGGCCACAGUGACCGUGGGACUGAGCAUCGUGCUGACCUGCGCUAUCCGUGGAGACCUGCGGCCGCCCAUCGUCUGGAAGCGCAAUGGGCUUGCCCUCAACUUCAUGGCCUUGGAAGACAUCAGUGACUUCGGAGAGGACAACUCCCUCUACAUCACCAAGGUGACCACCGUCCACAUGGGCAACUACACCUGCCACGCCUCCGGCCAUGAUGAGCUCUUCCAGACCCACGUCCUGCAGGUGAAUGUGCCACCAGUCAUCCGCGUGUAUCCAGAGACCCAGGCACAGGAGCCCGGGGUGGCAGCCAGUCUGAGAUGCCACGCAGAGGGCAUUCCUAUGCCCAGAAUCACUUGGCUGAAAAAUGGAAUGGAUGUCUCCACCCAGAUGUCGAAACAGCUCUCCCUAUUAGCCAACGGAAGCGAGCUCCACAUCGGCAGUGUCCGGUAUGAAGACACAGGGGCAUAUACCUGCAUUGCCAAAAACGAAGUGGGCGUGGACGAGGAUAUCUCCUCACUUUUCAUCGAAGACUCGGCUAGAAAAACCCUUGCAAACAUUCUGUGGCGAGAGGAAGGCCUCAGUGUGGGAAACAUGUUCUAUGUCUUCUCCGAUGAUGGCAUCAUUAUCCUGCACCCCGUGGACUGUGAGAUCCAGAGGCACCUCAAACCCACUGAGAAGAUCUUCAUGAGCUAUGAAGAAAUCUGUCCCCAAGGGGAAGGAAAUGCCACCCAGCCAUGCCAGUGGGCCUCGGCAGUGAACAUCCGACACCGGUACAUCUACGUGGCCCAACCAGCACUGAACAGAGUCCUCGUGGUUGACGUGCAAGCUCAGAAAGUUCUACAGUCCAUAGGUGUGGACCCUCUGCCAGCUAAGCUGUCCUAUGACAAGUCUCAUGACCAAGUGUGGGUCCUGAGCUGGGGGGACAUACACAAGUCCCACCCGAGCCUCCAGGUGAUCACAGAAGCCAGCACUGGCCAGGGCCAGCACCUUAUCCGCACACCUUUUGCAGGAGUGGACGAUUUCUUUAUUCCUCCAACAAACCUCAUCAUCAACCAUAUCAGGUUCGGGUUCAUCUUUAACAAGUCGGAUCCCGCGGUGCACAAAGUUGAUCUGGAAACACUGGUGCUCCUCAAGACCAUCAGCCUCCAGAGCCACGGCUGCGUGCCACGAGCCAUGGCCCACAGCCACCUGGGUGGCUACUUCUUCAUCCAGUGCCGGGAGGACAGCCCUGUGGCCGCCGCGGCCCAGCUGCUGCUCGACAGCGUCACAGACUCCGUGGUGGGCCCCAACGGCGACGUGACUGGCACCCCCCAUGUGUCCCCCGAUGGGCGCUUCGUGGUCAGUGCCGCCCCCAGCAGCCCCCAGCUGCAUGUGCAGGAGAUCACGCUGCAGGGCCACAUCCAGACCCUCUACAGCCUGCCACUGAGCCAGGGCGUCUCGGACGUGGCCUUCCAGCCCUCCUUCACGCAGGGCAAUCAGUAUUAUGUCUAUGCCAGUGCGGACAUGGAGCCAGACCUGCUGUUCCUGGAGCUGUCCACGGGGCAGAUGGGCGCCCUGAAGAACUUACAGGAGCCGCCCGCGGGCCCGGCCCAGCCUUGGGGGGGGGCCCGCAGGAUCGUGAGGGACAGCGGGCUCUUCGGGCAGUACCUCCUCACGCCCGCCCAGGAGUCGCUGUUUCUCAUCAACGGAAGGCAAAGCACCCUGCACUGCGAGGUGUCGGGCGUAAGGCGGGGGACCACGGCCGUGUGGGUGGGCGAGGUAUGAAGGCGCCCGGCGCAGAGCCCAGGCCCCAAGCUCCUAGUCCUCACUCCGCAGCCCCAAGCAGGCGCCCUGUACAUUUUUACAGACAAAAGCAAAACCUGUAUUCGCUUCGUGGUUCAACACUGGUCUCCCUGCAAGUUUCCUAGUAUAAGGUAUGCGCUGCUAACCAGAUUGGGGAUUUUCAUUGGGAAGUAUGAUUUAUGCCUUGAGCUACGGUGAGAACACAUGCUGCUGUGUAAAGGAAUCAUGUCUGUGCCCAGCUCCACACCAUGUCACCCGGGGACGCCGUGGAACCAGAGCUCCGGCUUUCCGGGCUGACACUUCUGUCGGUUGCCUUCAUGCACUCAUUGCCCCUCACCGCCGGGUCCGGCCAGACUUUGCCCUGACGAGCAGCCCGAAGGCCGGCCCAGAAACAGGCUCCCGGGAGCAGGGCUGCGGCUCCAGGCAUGAGAGCCACGUCUGCCCGCGUCCUGAACCCUCUCUUCUCUGCACAGCUGCUUUGUGCUUUUCUUUCCAUGUGACUUGGUCUCAGCCUGCGGGAGAGCCGACAAGACUUCUUGCAUCUUGGGGGAUGGGGAAAUCACUUACUUUAUUUUGGAAAUUUUGAUUAAAAGAUAAUUUUUUAUAAUCUGAAGUGCUAGUAAGCAGAAAGAUGCUCUCCGCCGUCCAGCCCUAUUCCUCCCUGCCUUAGGCCAAGUCUCUAAGGGUCACCACCCCAACACCCCACAGCCAGAAAGAACAACGAUCAUCCAAGAAUAGUGGACCCUCCACACCAUGGACGCCCCAAGCGCAGAUCUGGCUACCACCUUGGCAAAGACUUUGUUCCGGGUUGGGCUGCAAAGAGACCAGGACACACCCUGCGUGCCUGCUUUUUAUCACUGAAGGGGGAGGUUUGAUUAGCCAGGCCCAGGACUCCAGCUUCAGGGCAGACCGGGCUUGCCAAGCAGAGUGGGGGUGGCCUACAGAACAGUGACCUCCAGGUGUAACACAGACACCCCAAAGACACCUGUAGGGUCCAGGUGGGUUCUGUACGCUGUUUUAAAAAUCCUUUUCUGCCUGUGGCCCUCACACUCAGCUCUAGGACUCCAGUCCUUCCAUCAACAUGGCACAGAUAGUACAGUUUAGGAUUCUCAUAUGUGGGCCCAUCUAUCCCUAGUAACACACUGCAAAACCCACACUCAGAAGGAUGCCGGGGGUGGGUAGGGAGAAGGAUACAGGCUGGCAGUGCUGCAUGAUCCCCAGUGUCUCAGACUCUGCCGGGCUAGCAGGGAGGCACCAAGGAACUAUAACCCAGCCAGCCCAGGGAAGACAGCCCGUGUUAGAGAAUGUCAGCCACAAAGAGGCUUCUCUGGGUCCCAGAACCCCCUUUCCUUCCUCCUCACUGCAGCCGCCAAAACACACUUGCGUACUUUCUGGCUUAAAUGAUCAUAUUUCAAGGCCCCUGAAUUUGGAAGAGGUGGUCCCUCCCCAGACACCUCAGCCAGCGUAGCUCCCUUCACCUGGCAACAUGGCCAUGCUUUUCCUGUGCCGCCAAUCACCAGCCCCGUGGAGGAGAAGAUGGAAGACGGAGAGCCUGCCUUGCUCUAUAUAUGCACAGCUCCCUUUCAGACUCACCUGACUGCCCAGUCCCAUCCGGCCUCCCCACCACCUGCCCUGAUUUCCUGAAAUCAUCUAGUCUCCUGGCAUGUCCCAUGUGGCUUAGUUCACCAAACACUCAUCCCCUCCAGCUCCCAAGAGCCUGUCUAGAUGUGCACAUGGCAUACUUCAGAUUUGGGUACAGGUAAAAUAUGGAGCUACAGGUGAGGGGAAUGGACUUCAAAAGCCACAUACUCAGUCUCACAAGAGCUGGGAUGGACGGGCAACACCACUCACCCUUUCUUUUAUUCCUCUCUCAGUGUCUUGACACAUUCACUUCCAAACUCCCACUUAUAUCACAGAAAUUCUCCAAUUUUCAUCAACUUCUCCCUUUGGAAAAAUCCACAUGGUGGCAGCCCCUGGCAGAAAAAAAAAGUCUCCGAGCCUACCUGAGGAAGAGCCUAGCAACUGCCAGGCCAAAGCAUUAGCCCCUUUGGGUCACAGGGUUUGAAAAAUCAAAGACGCAUCCAAUCCUCACUGGCCUUUUGCACUGGGAGUGACUCUGUGGCAGCCAUUGCUUUGCCCCAUUCCGUGUGUUUCUAAGUGUCUGAAAAAUGUCUCUGCCUCUCACUAACUCACCGUGUGGUUUACCAGAGAUGCUGGCUCAGGGCCACGGCCGGGGUUCUGCACGCUACUGAAUCGGAGCAGGGAAAUGCAGACUUGAAAAUUGUGAAAUCUGUAAAGUCACAAAGGCAAGAGAGUACAUGCUUUUUCUGCAGGGCAACCAACAAAACUGCUGGGGUGGGAGGCAGGCAAAGGGCUGGCCAGGUUGUCCCCUGCCCCUUCCAGCCCCAGAAGAGGCUCCUGGAACACUGUGUGAAAGUCACGGGUGUAAGAAACUACCACAGUAGGUGAGCCUUGCAGCCGAUCCCACCAGCAAUCCUUUUGCUGAACACAGAUCAGCUAACGACUAAUAAUAUGUCACACUACAGAAGCAUUCAUCUUACAUAAGAAAGCCACUUUCAUAAUGAACUAUUUCAAAAUGCUAAAUUUUAAAGUAAAAUUAAUUUCACAAAAAUUUAACAUAGUAUAUUUUUUUCCUGUAACAACUCAAAUAAUCGACACCUUUGCUGACAUUAAAGACUGGAAACAGAAGUGUGCAUGCUCCUUCUGCCCACAUGAGCAGAACCCCACGUGGAGCCUCUGGGUGUAAAAAGCCCACCCAGCCCUCCACAGAUUGAUGGUGGUAAGAGGGAUUGGUCAGUUUCCAGGCAACUGCAUGGACUUUCUGCCUGGGAGGCUUGGGUGUGGAGCAAACACCUUUUAAAUCCCACCAUCCUCACCCCAGAAACCCCACCUGGGGCUGGCCUAGGCUUCUUGCCAAAGUCUCCCAGUCACUAGAGGAUCCUACUACCUUCCCUGAGCCCCUGAAGUAGCUGGGAGAGCCCAGUGAAAUCUGGCUGGAGCCAACCACUAAUACCAAGCUCCAGGAACUUGGAUCUAGAGGCAUCAUGAGCAAAGACAGAAACUCAGCCCUUACAAUCUCCACCCCACCGCACCCCAGGCAUCUCCUUCCCUUCUGCUCCUCUGUGCAGACAAGGGCUCCCAGCUCCAGGUAGGGCCCGGAGGACAGCUCUCAACCCCAAAUAAAGCAGAGACCAGCCUGCUGCCCUGGCCAACCUAACUGCUGAGACUUCCUUUAGGAGAGCAGCCCGAAGAAGUUGGCUUUGUGCGGCCACAACUUCUCUUCUGUUGACCAAUAACCUGUGAACUAAAGGAGAAUCCAGAUUGGAGACAUGAAACAGAUCCAUUCUGGAUAUAUUUUUCUACCAGGGGCUUACGAUGUCACCCACUCAUUUCUCACUGUGUGCCUCCUUCAAAUAUCGCAGACGCUGAACCAUCUUCAUCACCACAUCCCACAACUCUGUCUCAGGUCCUCCCCUCUAGAAGGAAGCCUCCGGGUUACUGAUGCCACUCCCACCCCCUCCCUCAUACAUACCGAUCUACCUCACCUUCUCCUCCCUGCACCCCGCUCCUCUGAAAGCCGCCCCCACCCAGGGAGCCCAGUGGUGACAGAGGCUGAUGAUAAUGCUGACAUGAAGUCUUUUGGUGUCCUCCCCCACCCAGAACCCCACAUCUUACUCCAAGUACAGUCAGAACCCACAGGGACAUGGCCCUUUUCUACCCAGAAUCAUGACCCCCAUGCCCUAGUUCACAGCCCUUCCAAGAGAGGUGACCAAGACCAGAGCCAACUCACAAUCAUCAGGGAAGUGGAUUGCUGUCAACAGAAACCGUUGGACAGGAAUAUAGAUAGUGAUGACCGCCACCUGCCCCCCCACACACACCAAGCCUCCUUCCUUAGGGGGCCCGAGCGAUACCUCUCUCAUUCCCAGUUUACUGUCUGCAUUUCUGGCUCCCCUCCUAUGCCUCAGGCCUCCUGCGCAUGAACCGUGCCACAGCUCCUACGAUGUGAGGGGCAACUGACCUGCUGUCGCACCAGCCCUCUCAAUGGCCUUGACCUAUGCCACUACCUUGCUCUGAAGUCCAAAUAAGAAGUUACUUAUAGCUCUUGGCUUCAGUUUGCUCCCAGACUAGCAUGUAGGCAGAGCAGUUUUGUUCAAUAAAGUCACAAGCUGCUGUGGUUUCUCUCCCAAAUUGUAGAGAUUAUAAAACAGGGAGAGGCUUAGAAGAUUCAAAGGAGAAAAUACAUGGUGCCUGUCGUUAAGAUGUGACUACAAGACCCCAAAACCCUCGUGGAUUACCACCAGAUUACCUGCCAGGUCACUUGAGAAUGUGAGCAUCUACUGGGAGUCUGCAGGCUUUAGGCACCAGCCACACUGUUGACACUGGGAGCCCAACAAACAUGGACUCACGCCUUCUUUGGAGCUGUGGGCAGCAAUAGGGAUUUAAGCAAACACAAUGUGUGAAAUUAUGGAAAUACGGGGAGAGAAGGGAUUGGCCUCCAAAACUUACAGCAAGGCUUCGUUAGCCAGCAGCGAGUGUUGACCAUGUACUUUUUAUUAUUGUUCUUGGACAAACCCACAAUUCACACACCCCUCUUUCCAAGCUCGUCUUGACUAAUGUGGAAAUAUCUCUUUCUUCUGUGGCUCUAGAGAAUGUGAGCCAUAUCCUAGAGGGCUCUAGAAGGGUUAGCCUGCACUCCACAAAACAAUAACUAUUGCCUUGCACGUACCCCAAGCAUGGUGACCUCACCACAUGUUACCAUGACAGGAUCGGAGUUCUUCAAGACUGAAGCUUCAUUUCUGAGGAAGGGCAACUAGUCUUGGCUGAUCAUGGGGCCCGAUUGCUCUUGCAUGAGAAAAUUUCCCUAAAUCUAAACCUUUGUCCACUCCCCAGGGUGACAUCUGCAACAGGCUUAAGAAUUGCGGGUCCCUUGCUACUUUAGCUGCUUCAAAGAGGUGCGGGAUAACAGGUCCAUAAGCUGCCAUCCCACACCCCACGGCACACCCAGGCUGGCUCCUGUCGCUGGCCAGCCCCCAUGCCUGGCCUGGCCCCAUCACACCCACUGUUCUCCCUGCUGCUCACACUUUCUGAAGGCCACAUGAAGUGAUCUCAGAUGGCAGUGGGCGUGGCGUGUGGCUGGAGUGAUCACACACACUGUUUCAUGCUCUAGGAUAGCGGAAUGGCCCUCAAGAUACAAAGUCACAGGUACAUCCUUCAUCCCGUUAAGAUUCUCAUCCUCUCCUGCCUCAGAAUUCUUUCAGAUUUCUUAUUUCAAGGCAGAUACAUUAUUUUGAGCUGUUGUGUAGACACCAAAAUAUAUUUUCUGUAAUCACCAGUUUUUCUCAAAAGGCCUCCUGUAAUUACUAUACAUGUGAAUUUUUCUUUAUAAAAUAUAUAUAAAUUAUUUUUAAUACAUCAACUUUAGUAGAAAUUUGUACCAACACAGUAACUGUAUGUGGCAUUUGAAAUAAGUUUAUGUUUACUUUGAUGUAUUGCACAGUAUUGAACACACCGUGUAAUUGCAGUACCACUUGAU